UCCUGCACUAACGUGAGGACAAUGUGGGCCUGGGCGCUGUGCGUGCUCCCUCUGCUCUGCAAAUGCGGCCUGGCAGUUCUGCCAGCUAAGCCCGAGAACAUUUCUUGCAUUCUCUACUAUAUGAAAAAUUUUACUUGCACCUGGAGUCCAGAGGAAGAAGCUAAUUUUACCUUGUACACAGUUAGGAGAACGUUCAUUAAUGGACGUGAACGUGAUACUUGUAAUUCUACAAGUGAAAGUGGUGCUUCAUGCUCUUUUCAUUCAAGAAUAACAAAACCAGAUGAUUACACCAUUCAAGUGGAAGCUCAAAAUGAACAUGGUAUAAUUAAAUCUGAUACAACACAUUGGGAUUUAGAUACUGUCAUUAAAACCGAACCACCUAAGAUUUCCAGUGUGAAACCACUUUUGGGCAUCAAACGAAUGGUUCAAAUAAAAUGGACAAGGCCUAUGUUAGCACCUGUUUCAUCUACUUUAAAAUACACACUUCGAUUCAGAACAGUAAAUAGUGCCUGCUGGGUGGAAGUCAACUUCACUGAAGGAGAUGUGAAUGGAGAAGAAGCAUACAACCUGACAGGGCUGCAGGCUUUUACACAGUAUGUUGUAGCUCUGCAAUGUGUGGCUGACAAGUCCAGUUUCUGGAGUGGCUGGAGUCAAGAAAAAAUGGGAAUAACUGAGGAAGAAGCUCCACAUGGCCCGGAUCUGUGGAGAGUCCUGGGACCAGCCAAGGUGGAUGGAAGAAGGCCAGUGCAGUUGUUGUGGAAGAAGGCUAAAGGAGCUCCGGUCCUGGAGAAAACUCUUGGCUACAACAUAUGGUACUUUCCAGAGAACAACACUAACCUCACAGAGACAAGAAACACCACUGAUGAGCAGCUUGAACUGUCUCUGGGAGGCAAGACCUACUGGGUAUAUGUGAUUUCUUAUAAUUCUCUUGGGGAGUCUCCGGUGGCCACGCUGAGGAUUCCAGCUAUUGAUGAAAAGCCAUUUCGGUGCAUCGAGGUCAUGCAGACCUGCCUCACUCACGACCAGUUGGUGGUGGAGUGGCAAAGCUCUGCUUGGGAGGUGGAUACGUGGAUGGUCGAGUGGGUCCCGGAUUUGGACUCAGAGCCCUCGACCAUUUCCUGGGAAUCUGUGUCUCAGACCAGGAACUGGACCAUCCAGCAAGAUGAACUAAAACCUUUCUGGUGCUAUAACAUCUCUGUGUAUCCAAUGUUGCAAGACCGAGUGGGCGAGCCAUACUCUAUCCAGGCGUAUGUCAAAGAAGAUGUUCCAUCAGCAGGCCCCAUAACAAAGGCGGAGAACAUUGGUGUGGAUACAGUCACAAUUACAUGGAAGGAGAUUCCCAAGAGUAAGAGAAAUGGUUUCAUCAACAACUACACCAUAUUUUACAAAGCAGAAGAUGGAAAGGAAUUCUCCAAGACAGUCAACUCCAGCAUCCUGCAGUAUGAACUGGAGUCCCUGGAAAGAAAGACCUCUUACACUGUUGAGGUCAUGGCCAGCACCAGUGCUGGGGGAGUUAAUGGCACCAGGAUAAACUUCAAGACAUUGUCAAUUAGUGUCUUUGAGAUUUUCCUUAUAACUUCUCUGGUUGGAGGGGGCCUUCUUAUUCUCAUCAUCCUGACGGUGGCAUGUGGUCUCAAAGAACCCAACAAAUUGAAGCACCUAUGUUGGCCCGAUGUCCCCAACCCUGCUGAAAGCAGUAUAGCCACGUGGCGUGGAGAUGAUUUCAAGGAUAAGCUAAAUCUGAAGCAGUUUGAUGACUCUGUGAACACAGAAGAAGUCAGGAUUCUAAAACCAUAUUCUGCCCCCAGGGACCUUAUUGACAAGUUGGUGGUGAAUGCUGAGAAUUUUCUGGAAGUGAUUUCUGCAGAGGAACCUGAAAAGGGUCAGGAAAACAUCUUGGGAGAGGGAAAGAAUGAGUGCAUGACCUCCUCAUAUGGGCUUUAUUGUCCCGCAGUUUCAACUGAGAUUCCACCUAGAAAAUCCCAACACCUGUGUUCUGGAAUGCCAGAGGGGAUCUGCUCAGAAGCCAGAGAGCAGCUUCUCCCUGCUCCCCAAGGUGCAGGGCCAGACCAUCUCUGCGAGGAAGGAGCACCAAACCCAUACUUGAAAAAUUCAGUGACAACCAGAGAAUUUCUGGUGUGAAAACUUCCAGACCAAACCCAAAGAGAAGUCUACAUGCUGCCGUGGCUUGAACGCGUCUCAGUGUGGAUGACUCACAGAGGGAAGACUUGGCCACGAGAGCUUCCUUGA